AUUGAGCAGAACUGAAAGUAAAGUGAGGCAAAUCGCAUAAGCACAGUUUCAAAACGCCCGUCACCUAAUGCAGACGUCUUUUCGUCUAACUACUUCGUAUUUAGUUUCUGCUCUACCAGAGAAUAAAAAAAUAAAUGCUAAUCAACAUUGAAAAUUGAAAUUUAUUAGUGUUGGACUUGAAUUUUAGAAUAUAAUUUAAUAAUAAAAUCAAUUUUAAUCGUUUCGAAUAAUUGUUUGCAAUUGUGGUUGUCGCCUGAGCGUUUUUUUUUUUUUUUUUUUUGAUAAAUUUCGGUGUUUGAGUGUAAAUCGGAAUUCCAACCAAGCAGAAAAGGGAAUAGAGUGGCAAUGGCAGCGGCUACAAGUGUUGUAUUGCUUGAUCGAGGAAAUAAUACUACGGCUACAAUCAACUUACACGGAGCCACAGUUGUGUCAUGGCGUGUCAACAACCAAGAACAAUUAUUUGUAAGCAAAUUAGCUGUUUUUGAUGGUAAAAAGGCUAUCCGUGGUGGUAUUCCGUUUGUUUUUCCACAAUUUGGACCGAGCAGCUUUGGACCUCAACAUGGAUUUGCUCGCAUCUCUCGCUGGACAUUGGAAAGAGCACCAGAACGACUUCAUAAUGGCGAUAUCGAAGCACUAUUUUCUCUUAUGGAUAGCGAGUUCACCAGAUCAAUGUGGAAUUUUCCAUUUCGAAUAACUUAUCGACUAAUUUUGCGUGAAAAAGAACUGCAUUUUCACAUUGGAGUAUUCAAUCCGAGCAAAGAUGUUACAUUUUCAUUCAAUUUGUUGUUGCACACAUAUUUGAAAGUACCAGACGUUCGCCGUUGCCAAAUCACCGGUCUGCAUGGAUGUACAUUCAUUGAUAAGACUCGCGACGGGCCCAUUUAUCAAGAAGGUAGAGAUGUUGUCACAGUUAAUGAAUGGACUGAUCGAAUCUAUCAGCACACACCACAAGAGCAUAUUAUAACUAAUGUGGUUUCUGGCAGAAAAAUGAAAUUACAGAAAUACAAUUUCCCCGAUACAGUUAUAUGGAACCCGUGGUCAGAUCAAGCCCGUGAAAUCGGCGACCUUGGCGAUGACGAAUAUCCGAAUAUGCUUUGCGUUGAAGCCGGCCACGUUUCGACACCGGUUAUCCUUUUGCCCGGCACCGCUUUCGAAGCGAGCCAAAUUCUACAGGUAAACGUUGUGUCUAGUUUUUUGUCGUUUGCCAUUGUGAAUGGCAUCAUUUUAUGGUUUCAUUCUAUUGGUAUGUUUUUAGUUAGUUCCCCCCAAAAAAAAUUGUAUGAUUUGUUUUUUUUUCUGUUUUGUAUUUGAAUAUUUUGUUUUGUUCUUUUUUUCUAUUUUUUUUUUUCUGUUCGUGUGUCUCUUUGUGUGGAAUUUUGGUAUUUAAAAAAAAAAAAACAAACAAAUACUCAGCUCGCAAAUUUAAUCAAACACAAAAAAACCAAACACAGGUAAUGUGAGUAGAGCCUAUUGGGACGACAUCGUCAGCACGGAAACGCAACAAAAAGAAUAAAAAACUUUUGUCGGCGUUGGCCGUGGCGGCGGCUGCUGCAGCAGCAGCCGGAGUGUCUUCCCAAUCACAACAACCAUCGCAAUCAAAUACAUCGGCUUCCAGCCAAAACAUUGAACAAAGCACAAUGGCAUCAAAUGCCUCGGUAAAUGCAUCAACUAGCGGCUCAUCAUCCGGAGCCACCGCAAAUUCACCUCCACCUCCUCCGCUCUCACUGGCUCCGCUUUGGCAAAUGCCAAACAUCUUUUGGAACAAUUUCCCGAAAAAGAACACCAACUGUGUGGAUCCAUGUCAACAGCAGUCAUCGGCAAAUCGAAUGUAAAACCCAACAACACCAGCGAUGCCCUGCACACGCACACACGUCUAAAACACUAAACGUUGAUGGUUGAUGAUCAUAUUUAUAUAGAAAAUAUAGACGAUGCAUUUCCAUUUUUCCAUUUUGACAACGUAAACUCAAACACACACACACACACACACACACACACACACACAAAUUGAGGCCAGCCAAAUUUUGGGCUUGGUUUCACUUUAAACUUUGUUGUAUUGUGGAUCUAGCUAUCCAUUCGUGUUAAACGAUCAGGACUUGGAUGAUUUUUGGUGCUUAUUCGAACAAGAAACUAAAUAGGUAUUUCUUUUUAGCAUGUAAAUAUCUCUCGAAAGGAAUGAUGUCUAAUGCAUAAAAUAAUGGAUUUAUUUACAUUUUCUGUUCUUAUUUCUUCGUCGAAGAUAUCAAAACACACACACUUUAUAAUAUUUGUAUACGAUAUGUAUUUGUAAAAUAGAAACAAGAGAGAGAGAGAGGGAAAGAAAUAAUAAUGUAAAAGUAAUGCAGCAUUUCAAGGCAUAUUUAGUAGAUUUUUUUUUUCUAGAAAUAUGUUAAGAUUAAAUGAUUUUCAUGUAUAAAAACAAAGAAAACAAACAAAAUGAACGAAAUGAAUUCCAUUAUUGUCCUUUGGUUGUGAUAUAAGCUAUAUAAUUUUUAUUUUUAAAUAAAAAAGUGUGGCUGAUGCACUUGAUACAUCUUGAGCCUCUCAACUACCCAUGAUGAUUAGUUAAAUAUCGCUUGAUUGACUUUGUGUUCGAAGAAAAAGAAUAAACGGUGCCGAUAGUUAGAGAGUUUCUUUCGUAUUUCUUAUAUAGAUCGUUCGCAUAUUUCUACCGAUUUGCGUAAUUUUUUCAACUCUUUUUUUUUCUACAAAAAAAAACAAAUAUUACACCGAAGGAGGGAGUCACACAUUUAAAAAAAAAAUAUCUCUUGUAUACGAUUAAUUGUAAUUAUAUCAAACGUAUCGAAAGCGUCAUUUAAAUGAAAAACAACAACAACAACAUAAAAUAUUAUAUAUAUAUAUAGCGUACCAAUUGUUUGUAUAAACAUUUCAAGAUUGUAGGAAGUUAAAUCAAAUCUACGGCUUAUUUAGUCGAAAAGAAAAUCAAUGUAAAAUGUGACAAAUUGCCAAUAAAAUUUUAAUGAUAUAUUAAUCAAUUAGAAUUGAA